AUUCUGCGAGCAAUUUAGCAAUUCCAGCUGGAAUGGUGGACACACGUGCCAAGACCAAGGCAUGUCUGCUGGGGAAUGCAAUGGUCUGGCCGAGAGGGCUCACGUGACGGCCUUGCCUGUUUCUCUAUGCGCUGGCCUAGUCAAGGGAGGACACCAGCGCGGGCGACUACAGCAGGGGAAAUUAUGCGGACGUUACUAUGUUUUUUCAUCAGCAAGGCUGGAAUUCCAGCAAACUAUUCAGUCCGACAAGCGAGCAAAGGGGCAAAGUGGCCCCGAAGACUCGGUCCUUUGGUUGUUUGCUUGGCUACUUUGCUGGCCGGAGCAUUCUCGAUGGCAACCCUUCCAAGUGGAAACCUGUAAAGAUAAACAGACGGUGCAAGAGAAGGCCUUGAAUUGUUCGGUCUGAAGCCAGACAAGACGAAGAGGCCGUUCAAGCAAGCCAAAUCAGCAAGUGCUGAGUGCGUCUGGACAUGAAAGAUCGACGGGCUCUCCGGUGCCCGGGGCGGAAGGAUAUCGGGGGAGAUAUUUUUCAACCUGGCCUCGCUGGAGGAAUGUGCACAGAAUGAGCAGGGGCUGUGGAUAUCUUGGACCAGCAUACCAACAAACUCGGCUAUGGAAUCUGAAGACAUUUUUAAGUCUUCAACAUUCAAGACCAGAUUUAACAACAUGAGCCGUGCAAGCUGGGGAGCCCAAGGACAUGUCUAGCAUUGGUACUGUUCAUUUCGGUAGAUGGCUGAGGCGAGCCGGGGAAUUCGCAAGGACUAAUCUAGGAUUCAGACUGUUUACCUUUGGGUCCUCGCCCUAGCGAUUCAAAACAACACGACCCUCGAUUUUUGUAUAAGAGUACCAAGCCCAGAGCAUGUUUGUCUACAUCUGAUCCUGUUCAGCAUCCACUCAUUCAGUCUUUCGUUUAAGCCCCUUGUCACUCUUUUACCAACCCCCCUUCUAGAACUAGUCGCUCUUUAAGCACCCUCUUUAUCCAUCACCAGGGCUUCAUAACUUGUAAUACACCCAAGUUCCAGCCUUGAUACGAGAUCGACCCUCAAGAUGCGCGGACUCUCGGCGGCGGCGCUUUGCGCUGUGGCCGGCAGCCUUAUGAUGCCAGUGAUGGCUGCCCCUGGCGACGCACCCUUGGAUGGGGAGAUCCUCAUGAUUAUUCCCGGAGACCGUGUCGACUUCUACGACCCCGCCUGGCCCGCCCAGUACAAGCAAUUGGCGGAUUCUCCCCAUUACCGGACGGCUCGGUCACUGGGAUACACCGUCUCCAACGUCACCACGGAUGAGUGGUCGGAGCUGACGGAGGCAGACUUCCAGUUCUUCAAGGCUAUUUUCAUCAGCAAGCUAGGAAGCGGCACUAUGCCCGACUACUCGUUCCUUAACGAGAACAAAGCUGUAUGGGGUGCUGCUUUCACAGACGAAAGCAACAUCAUGCUUUCGGGCGUCCCCGUGAGCGACACCGCCGCCCAGGCGGAGGUCGACGCGGCUGAAACGGGUGCAGCUGUGAAGAAUGCUGCUAGGCGCAAUGCCCGCAUUGUUCUCAAUAACGCCAUCAACUUCAUCAUGAAGGGCACGAACACCGGAAUGUACAUGGAGGUUCCCAUGACCACCGACGAUAACACCACACCGGAGCUGCAGACUAGCGGCGAGACGCUCGAGUUCCUUAGUGGAUUCGGCGAUUUCAAAUUGAGAAUCUUCGGCGAGAACCCUCCGUCGGCGGGCGCAGGGAUCGAGGAAGUCACCGAGGAUGACCAGAACGUCGUCACCCUGGUGGCAAGGCACCCUGACCUUCCCAAUCUCGACAGCGCAAUCCUUUCAUCAUGGGACCGAGCAGCUCGUUCCGUCUUUGCCCAGAGGGACAGUGAAUUCCAACCGUUCUACAUCGCCUCUGACGUCGAAGGGCUGGAGCCAUUCCCCUGGACUGACAAGGACGGCCUUGACCAGACGGGUCCUCCCGUCAUUCUCGUGCGCGCUGAGACAUUUCUAUCAACACCGGUAUCCUGUGGCGACGGUAACGUCGACCUAGACGAGCAAUGUGACGCCGGAGGCUCCAUUGAUGCAACCUGCAACGAAGAGACCUGUCUCUGCAGAUGGGGCAUGGAUGAGAGUGACGCAUGUUUGGCCGCCCCCGACUGCGGCGACUCUACGGCCCAGCCCCAGCUUGGGGAGGAGUGUGACCUAGGCCCAGACAAUGGCGUUUCCGGAUCCAUUUGCACCUCGGAAUGCCUGUGCGCAUUCGGAGGAUACACCGACUCCAAUGGCAAUUACCAGUGUAUUCAGGCAUGCGGCAAUGGAAUGCCCGAUGGCACAGAGCAGUGUGAUGACGGAGUCCUUUUCAACGGCCAGGCUCUUUCCCUCUGUGACGAGGAGUGCGCGUGCAAAUAUGGGACCGACAAUGAUGGCAACUGCCAGACUUCUUUCUGUGGUGAUGGGGACGUCACCGGCGACGAGGAGUGCGACUUUGCCGACAACGGCGCGGUUGAUUCUCUCUGCAGCGAAACAUGCACGUGUAAGUAUGGUCCCGCCGAGAACCCAACUGAUGAGGUUCCCUGCGCUGCCGCACCCACCACGCCUAUCUGCGGAAACGACGUUGUCGACAGCGGAGAGGAGUGUGACAAUGCCGAGGACGAGCUUUGCGGCACCAACUGCCUGUGCUUGUAUGGUCCCGCCGAAAACCCAACUAAUGAAAUUCCCUGCGCUGCCGCGCCCGCCACGCCUAUUUGCGGAAACAACGUUGUCGACAGCGGAGAGCAGUGUGAUAAUGCCGAGGACGAGCUUUGCGGCACCAACUGCCUGUGCUUGUAUGGUUCCGCCGAAAACCCAACUAAUGAAAUUCCCUGCGCUGCCGCGCCCGCCACGCCUAUUUGCGGAAACAACGUUGUCGACAGCGGAGAGCAGUGUGAUAAUGCCGAGGACGAGCUUUGCGGCACCAACUGCCUGUGCUUGUAUGGUUCCGCCGAAAACCCAACUAAUGAAAUUCCCUGCGCUGCCGCGCCCGCCACGCCUAUUUGCGGAAACAACGUUGUCGACAGCGGAGAGCAGUGUGAUAAUACCGAGGACGAGCUUUGCGGUACCAACUGCUUAUGUUUGUACGGCACAGCCGAGAACCCGACAGCCGAAAUUCCCUGCGCUGCCGCACCUGCCGCGCCUAGUUGCGGAAAUAACAUUGUCGAUAGCGGAGAGCAGUGUGAUAACACAGAAGACGAACUUUGCGGCAACGAUUGCCAGUGCAUUUACGGACCCGCCACGGUACCAACCACGGAUGCCCCCUGCCCCGCCGCGCCUGCUGUGCCACCCACCUGCGGAAACGGUGUUCUCGAAUCCGGUGAACAGUGUGAUAAUGAGGAAGAUGAGCUUUGCGGUGAGGACUGCGUUUGCUUGUUUGGGCCUGCUGAGGAACCGACUGCGGAUGCCCCAUGCGCUACCGCGCCUACAACACCCCCCACCUGUGGAAACAACGUUGUUGAAUCCGGUGAACAGUGUGAUAAUGAGGAAGAUGAGCUUUGUGGUGAGGAUUGCGCAUGCUUGUUUGGGCCUGCUGAGGAGCCGACUGCAGAUGCUCCAUGCGCUACCGCGCCUACAACACCCCCCACCUGCGGAAACGAUGUUGUUGAGAUUGGAGAGGAGUGCGACAACGAAACCGAUCUCUGCAACGAAGAGUGCGAGUGUGUCUUUGGCCUCAACGAAGAGACCGAAGAGUGCUACGAGACUGAUCAGGCAAUUACCACUACCUCAAGCGUCCCCGAUGCCGCUACCACGACUGAGUCUGCUACCGCCACCGAGACCGUCACCGAGUCCGCCGACGCCACCGCCACAGAAGAUGUUUCUGCCACUGCCACCGAGGAUGUCACUUCUACCGAGUCAACUGAUGUCACCGUCACCGAGACUGCGACCGAGUCCGCCGACGCCACUGCUACAGAAGAUGUCUCUGCCACUGCCACCGAGGACGUUACUGCUACCGAGUCCGCUGAUGUUACUGUCACCGAAACUGCUGAUGCUACUGCUACCGAAGAUGUCUCUGCCACUGCCACUGAGGACGUUACCGCCACGGAGUCAGUUUCUGCCACUGUUACUGGGGAUUUCACCGCCACCGAGUCCGCCGAUGCCACUGCUACUGAGGAUGUUACCAUGAGCGAGUCUGGCAUCGCCACUGUUACUGAGGAGGUUACUGCCACCGAGUCCGCUGGUGCCACUGCUACUGAGGAUGUUACCAUGAGCGAGUCUGGCACCGCCACGGAUGUUGCCACACUCACCGAGGGCAACACCAUAACAUCCGCCAUUGAUGCCACACAAACCGGUACAAACACUGCCGGUACCCAGACCACAACCUCGCCCAGCUCGCCUUCUGGCACCGAUGGUCCUCUUCCCCAGGAGCUUCAGUCAGAGGAUGGUGCUUCUUUCAGCUUUGUUGGAUGUGCCGCAUCCGCUGAGAACUACAGGGGCUUCACGCUUGAACAGGAGUCGGAUGACAUGGAUCUCAACCUGUGUGUCACCGUCUGCAAGGACCGCCUGUACAGCGGUGCCUACAAGAACCAAUGCUACUGUGGGGAUGAGCUUGAUGAGAGCGAUGUCAGCAUCGUUGGCGACGCCGCUUGCGACCUGACGUGCCCGGGUAACCCGUCCCAGAACUGCGGUGGAGAUUUAGACACCACCGAGAAGCUCAGGGUACGACAGGUCACUGCUGGCAUCCUUCUAUCGCUCUAUAGGCGCGAUAUUGUGGACGGAUCUAGCUCUGUCGCCCCGACCCUGGUCGGCACCGCCACCCUCAGCGCUCCUCUGCCAUCGCAGACUGCCAGUGGUGUUACAAUCAUCAACAACAACAACAACAACAUUAACAACAUCGACAUCGACAUCGACAUUAACAUCAUCCUUGUUCCUUUCCCUGGUGUGGACUGCGUUGGCCAACUUGUCUACAUCAAGAGCUGCGACAUCUGCAAGGCCGGCGAGAAGGUGACCUGGGCCCCCAAGCGCUGUGCCAACGCCGACGACUGCGCCGGCAUGAAGGUCUACAAGCCCGAGCAGUGCUCUGAUAACAACGGUCGCUGCAAUCCGGGCACCAGCGACUACGACUUUGUCGUUGAGAAGCCAUGCACCAGCUGUGACGGCGGUAUCAUCUACCAGCCCAAGGAGCAAGACAACACAGCUCCUCAUUCACCUGAGCACCAGGCUCAGCCCCAGCAACCCGGUGCCGGUGACGUCCCUGGCCAGCAUGCUGGUGAUGAUGUCCCCGUUACCGCCGGUUCGGGCCGCUUUUCUGCUUUCCAGUCUCUCGUUGCCGGGUUUGCCGUCAACGUUAUUCUCGCUGGCUUUUUCCUGUAAGCGAGCUUGAGUAAGCGGCCUGCAUUGGAGCUGUCGGCAGUAUUUUGUUCAUUUUCAUUCGUUGCCCAUUAGUUUGACACCCAUCGGGCUUUUUCUUUUCACUUUUUUUUUUGGGAUUUCAUUCAAGGAUGUGAUUGUCAGGGUGCUCUUUGUUGGUACGAGCUGAAUGUCUAGGAGAAAAUGAGUUACUUUUAAUGUUGGUGUUCUAAUGAACAGUUAUCUUGGAAGAGGGCUAGGCUUUUUUUUAACCUUUCUGCAUUUUUUUGAAUUCUAUUCUGUCUCACUAAAGGCUUACCAUAAAAUCGACUCUACGUAUCUUUGGACUACGGAAGCUAGCUCGUCCCCUCUGCUCUUUCGAUACCGAU